AUGUCUCGCCAGUCCUGUGCUCUCGGCAAGAGAUUCAGCUCCAGCUCCGCUUGCUUCGGAGGGAGGAACAAGGUCACGUUCAGCUCCGCAUCCAACGGAGGAUGCUGGGCACCUGGCAAUGCUGGUGGCUUCGGCAGCAGGAGCCUCUAUGGCUUGGGAGGGAGUAAAAGUACGUCUCUGGGAGGGUUCGGUGGAGGUGGUGGUGUCUACAGAGGUUUUGGGGCUGGCGGCCAAGGAGGCUUUGGCUAUGGCUGCGGUGCUGGGGCAGGAUUUGGUCGUGGCUAUGGUGGUGGGGCUGGAGGUGGCUUCAGUGGAGGCUUUGGUGGUGCUUUUGGUGGAGGAUUUGGUGGCGGGAUGGGAGGCCAAGGCUUUUUCCCUUGCCCACCGGGCGGCAUCAGGGAAGUGACCAUCAACCAGAGCCUGCUGGUCCCACUCAACCUUGAAAUUGACCUUGAGAUCCAGAAGGUGCGAACACAAGAGCGGGAGGAGAUGAAGAAGCUUAACAACAAAUUCGCUUCCUUCAUUGACAAGGUCCGGUUCCUAGAGCAGCAGAACCGAGUCCUGGAGACCAAGUGGAAACUCCUGCAGGAGCAGGGUGGCACAUGGACGGGGGGCAGAAAUCUCAGCCCCUUUUUUGAAACCUACAUCAGCGGGCUGAGGAAGCAGCUGGACGGCCUCUCAAGUGAGAAGCUUCAGCUGGAGUCAGAGCUGAAGAGCUUCCAAGAUAUGGUGGAAGACUUCAAGAUCAAGUACGAAGAGGAAAUAAACAAAAGGACAGCUGCGGAGAACAAUUUUGUGCUCCUAAAAAAGGAUGUGGAUACAGCCUAUAUGACCAAGGUGGAACUUCAGGCAAAAUUAGAUUCUCUGGCAGAUGAGAUUAACUUCUUGAGGUGUCUUUAUGAAGCGGAGCUGUCUGAGAUGCAGAAGACCGUUUCCGACACCUCUGUCAUUGUCUCUAUGGACAAUAACCGAAACCUGGACCUGGACAGCAUCAUCGCAGAGGUCAAAGCCCAAUACGAGGAGAUUGCCAACAGGAGCCGAGUGGAGGCUGAGACUUGGUACCAAUGCAAGUAUGAAGAGCUGCAGAUUGCCGCAGGCAAACAUGGAGACAGCCUUAAGGACACAAAGAUCGAGAUCUCCGAGCUCAACCGCGUGAUCCAGAGGAUACGGGCUGAGAUCGAGAGUGUGAAGAAACAGUGUGUAACUCUGCAGACCUCUAUCGUGGAUGCCGAGCAGCGCGGGGAGCUGGCCCUCAAGGACGCCAGGGCCAAACUGACUGAGCUGGAGGUAGCCCUGCAGAAGGCGAAGCAGGACCUGGCCCAGCAGCUCCGCGAGUACCAGGAGCUCAUGAACGUCAAGCUGGCCCUGGACAUCGAGAUCGCGACCUACAGGAAGCUGCUGGAGGGAGAGGAGAGCAGGAUGUCUGGAGAGUGUCAGAGCACCGUGAGCAUCUCUGUGGUGGGAGGCAGCAUGAGCUCUGUGGUAGGUGGAUACAGCAGCGGACUGUGCCUUGGAGGAGGAGGAGGAGGAAUCGGAUUCGGUGCUGGAAGUGGGAGAGGCAGCUGUAACACGGGUGGUUCUGGCUUCUGCUACAGCCUAGGAGGGGGCGGAUUUGGCUCCGGGGCAGGAUUUGGGUGUAACUCAGUGGUGGUGGGGUCUGGCACCACCCUGAAGAAGAACACCAGCUCUGCGUCUGCCAACCAGAGGGUCUAG